AUGGAGCCGUUUAUGAAGCCUCCUUUAGAGAUGAACUUUUCCACAACUGAACAGUUGUCGUUAUCUGAAAGAUGGAGACGAUGGAAGGAAACUAUGCAGUUAUAUCUUGGAUUAAACAUGUCUAAAGCCAGCGAGAAAGAACAAUGUGCGGCGUUCCGGUAUGUGAUCGGACAAGACGGGCGAGACAUUUAUAACACAAUGAAGUUUACAGAGGCUCAAACGGACAAAAUCGACGUGUUAUUCGCGAAGUUUGACGAGGAUUGUGAACCCAGAAGAAACACGAUUAUGGAAAGAUACAAGUUUAAUACGCGAGUGCAAAGAGACGACGAAACAGCCGAUCAGUACGUAACUGAACUUAAAUUGCUCGCUAAGAAUUGCAACUUCGGGUCUCUUGAGGACGAGUUGAUUAGGGACCGCGUUGUUUACGGAAUAAAAUCGGAGCGUGUGAGAGAACGGUUAUUACGAGAACGUGAGUUAACGUUAGAUAAAGCGUUAGAAAUAUGUCAAAUAAACGAACAGUCUGAGGAACAACUAAAAGUACUAAACGAUGUUCAGAGCGUCAAGGCCAUAGGAAAACAUAACAAAUCAGGAAAUUAUCGUAGCAAAUUAGAUGCAAAUCGAAGGCGUGAUUUCAAGCAUAACGGCGGCAACAAACAAGAACAAGUAUCGUGUUGCGGAAAGUGCGGAAAGUCUCAUCCUGCGAAAGAAUGCCCAGCUUUUGGUAAGAAAUGUUUUAGGUGUGACAAAAAGAAUCAUUUCGCUAAAUUCUGCAAGUCAAAGAAAAUACAUGCAGUAGACAAAGCGAGUACAGAUGACGAACCGUUGUUUAUUGGAGCGGUUAACUCAAUUCAUAACGAAGAGAAUGUUUUCAAAACUUUAUCAACCGAGGGAAAUGAGAUCAAGUUCAAGAUUGACACGGGAUCACAAGCCAAUAUAAUACCCCUACCUACAUUCGAGAAGAUGAAGCUCAAACAAACCCGGUUAGAAAGACCAACAGCAAAGUUAACAAGUUACACUGGCGAUUAUCUACCGGUCGUCGGAGAAUGCAAUCUGAAAUGUAACAACAAGACAUUGAAAUUUUUCGUGGUGAAAACUGGACAAGUUCCCAUCAUUGGUUUGAAAGCUUCUCAAGAACUGAAUCUGAUCAAAAUUAUCAUGAAUGUGAACAAUGUGAUUGGUCAAUCAGCAGAAACCAUUCAUGAGAAAUUUCCUAAA